GUGACAGUCGAGUCGGACACACUAGAGGCAUCAGAAAGAUGCCAUCCUCACUAACCUUGGUUUAUGUCAUGUUUAUGUGUUUCUACUUUUCUCGAAGUGACGACUACGUACUUGAUGAUAAAUUAGGACGAACAUUUGACGGCAUUGGUGGUUUAAGUGGUGGAGGGGCAACAUCUCGUCUCCUUGUUAAUUACGCUGAGCCAUAUCGUAGUCAAAUUCUAGACUACCUUUUCAAGCCAAACUUUGGGGCCUCUCUUCAUAUUUUGAAAGUUGAAAUAGGUGGUGAUGCUCAGACUACAGAUGGAACGGAACCCACUCACAUGCACUAUGAGAAUGAUGAGAACUACUUCCGUGGCUAUGAGUGGUGGCUGAUGUUGGAGGCUAAGAAGAGGAACCCCAAUAUAACACUCAUAGGUUUACCAUGGGCAUUUCCCGGAUGGGUUGGCCAUGGAGAGAACUGGCCCUAUGACUUUCCUGACAUAACGGCCAACUAUGUAGUGUCCUGGAUAACUGGUGCAAAGCGGUCCCAUGGCUUGGAUAUAGACUAUGUUGGGGUAUGGAAUGAGAGGCCAUUUGAUAGCAAGUACAUCAAGCUCCUACGGUACACGCUGGAUAAGAAUGGGCUGGACAAGGUGAAAAUCAUAGCCAGUGACAACCUGUGGGAACCCAUAGCAUUCUAUGUGCUUCAGGAUGAAGAGCUCAGUGCCGCUGUAGAUGUUAUUGGAGCUCACUAUCCCGGCACCACGACAAUAAAGGAAGCUUUGGAGUCUGACAAGACGUUGUGGUCAUCUGAAGACUACAGCACUUUCAAUGAUGAAGUAGGGGGAGGCUGCUGGGCACGCAUACUCAACCAGAACUACGUCAACGGCAUGAUGACUUCAACUAUAUCUUGGAACUUGGUGGCGAGUUACUAUGAGAAUCUGCCAUUUGGCCGAGAUGGUCUUAUGACCGCUGAGGAACCAUGGAGUAGCAACUACGUUGUGGAGUCCCCUAUCUGGAUAACAGCCCACACCACCCAGUUCACCCAGCCCGGCUGGAGCUACCUGCAGACUGUCGGCCAUCUAAACAAAGGGGGAAGUUACGUAGCUUUGACUGACCGCAAGGGCCAACUCACAGUCGUCAUAGAAACCAUGACUCAUGACCACUCUGUUUGCAUAAGACCUCCUCUUGAACCAUUUGAGGUUACACCCCAGAAUGUCACAUUCCACCUGAAGGGAUCCUUUGCUUCCAUAUCGCAGCUUCAGUUGUGGAAGUCCCGGUUCGAUUUCAAAACCAAAAACCCUGUCUUCUUCCAGAAGCUGGACCCAGUUAAGAUUUCCAAUGGGUCUUUCACCCUAAAUCUGGAUGUUGAUGAAGUGUACACUCUCUCCACCAUAACUACUGCUCAGAGAGGAGCAUAUCCCGAUCCACCUCCCUCUGCAGCCUUCCCCAAACUGUAUAAGGAUGACUUCAAUGUCCGAAACCCUCCGUUCACCGAGGCUCCAGACUUUGCCGAUCAGACUGGAGUUUUUGAGUACUUCAUGAACCUCACUGAUCCCGGCCCACACGUGUUUACCUUGCGUCAGGUGGUCACCCAGCGCCCGGUGACCUGGGUAGCAGAUGCGGAUCAGACCAUUAGUGUCAUUGGAGAUUACUCCUGGCAGAAUAUCACAGUUACCUGUGACGUCUUAAUUGAAAAGACCAAAAAUGGGGCUGUGUUCAUCGCUGCCAGAGUGGACAAAGGAGGCGGCGACGUCCGAACCACCAAAGGGCUAUUCUUCUGGGUUUAUGCUGACGGCACUUACAAAGUCACCAGUGACAUACAGGGAACGACUAUUCUUACUGAGGGUAAAUCAGGAACAUCAUCUGAUAUUUGGUACACACUGUCACUUUCAAUCAAGGGUGAUACUGCCACAGGGAUGCUGAAUGGAUCAUUACUUUGGAAGAGUGCUGUGGUGUCAGGAAAGGUGCCUAAGAAUGGAUGGGCAGCCAUUGGGACCAGUUCGUUUGAGGUUGCACAGUUUGAUAACUUCUCAAUAGAGGCAGAGUGAUUCUACUUAAUCGACUAAGCACCCCUCUCUGAUAGAUUCACCUUUCCCUUGAAUACUUAAAUUAAGAUUUUCUGAGAUUUAGCCAUGCAACAAUAUGCAUGUUUUAUAGGUUAGAUAAAUCACAACAAUUGGCUAUAUUGUUUGUUAUUUUUAAUGCAUCACCCAAGAAAUGAUUCCCAUUGAUAUCUGCACUUUGAGACCACCUGUCAUUCAAGUAAUUUAGUGAUGUGCACAUUUUAUACAAGAUUGUUAUGUUUACAGCUUCAAGGCCAAAGACCAAUCUACUGUUGCAUGAUGGGACGCUGAUGCUUUAUGCUUUUUAACCCAACAUUGGGCGAUUGCUCUACUUGUUCUCAGACUCAUGCAUUUGAAAAUAAUUUUAUAGAUCUUCAUGUGUUUUUUUAAAGUGCCUUAAUGUUGAAAUGUCUCAAUGUGUGUGUGAUGAUGUCCAAGGAAAAGCUUGAAGUGUGGAAUGUCCUGCUCGUUUGCAUUAAUACUGUGAAAAUGUAAAUAUCGUCAAUGCCUUAAUUUAACAGUAUGUGUGUGAUUCGUACUUUUCUAUGAUGGUGAAAUAAACAUGAAAUCGAAAGUAA